AUGCCCGGGCUGUGGGAGCGGCUGGCGGGCGGCGAGCGGGGCCGCCUGGAGAGCUCCGACUGCGAGUCGCUGGGCAGCGCCUCCGGCUCGGAGGGAGAUGCUGAGUACGCCGAAGGGGCCUCCCUGCCGGACCUGGACCUGCUGCACGACCCCGAGGACGAGCUGCUGUGCGCCAACCUGAUGGACGUGGUGCAGGCCACGCUGGGCAGAGCCCCGCUGGGCGCCAAGCGCUGCUCCCGGCUCCUCAUGCCGGCCCAGCUCCUGGCGCAGGUGAGGACGGAGCUGCUGCGCCUGGCCUGCAGCGAGCCCUGCGGGCUGCGCGGGGCCCUCCUCGACCUCUGCGUGGAGCACGGCAAGGCCUGCCACGACGUGGGGCACAUCGCCGUGGACCCCGCCGUGGUGCCCACCUUCCAGCUCACCCUGGUGCUCCGGCUGGACUCCCGCCUCUGGCCCAAGAUCCAGGGACUCUUCACCUCAGGGCCGGCUUUCACGCCGCUGAAGCUGAGCACGGGCUUCAGGGUCAUCAAGAAGAAGCUGUACAGCUCCGAGCAGCUGCUCAUAGAGGAGUGCUGACGGGCCGUGCCGGAGAAGCGACUUACCCAAGUGCUUUGGAAGAGCCUGUUAGAGUGUGGCGGCUCCCGGCAGCCUCUGUAGUUUAGGUUAGGCUGGAGUAGGGCUGUAGGUGGAAGUAGUUUGGGCAGGCGGAGGUCCCCACGGGGCACCUGCCUGUGCCGGGGCGUCCCUGACGCGGAGCAGACCGGGACCCAGGCGGAGGUCGCUUCACACCGUCGAUGAUUGUGGGAUGAUUGCGGCGAUGCGGCAGCGGGGCUGCUGGGGGGCGGACGGUCUCCUCCUGUUGGCUGAUUAAUCAUGAGGGGUUUUUGUAACAAGGAUUGUAAUCAAUGGUGUUUCUGGGGGAGGGUGUGCGUGUGGGAGUGAGUGACAGCUGGGCUGUAGGUCUGGAUCAAAGACAGAACCCUGCUGCGGGCACCUGGGGGGCUCUGGGGGG